GGGGAGGGGGCGGGGCUCAGGCUCAGGCGCUCGGACCCAGCAGCUGAUCCCACGUGUGAGGCUGAGCUCCUUCCCGGCUGUGAGUCCAUUCUGCGAGCGGGGCUGAGCCGGGGCUGAGCCGGAGCCGGGGCUCUUCUCUUUAGUCGGUAGCGAUAGACACAGUGAUGGAGGCAGACGGUAGCCAAGCCACCUCCGGUAGCCCCAGCGACUCGCAGCACGACCCGGGUAAAAUGUUCAUCGGCGGCCUGAGCUGGCAGACCUCCCCAGAUAGCCUUAGGGACUAUUUUAGCAAAUUUGGCGAAAUCAGAGAAUGUAUGGUCAUGAGAGACCCGACCACAAAGCGAUCCAGAGGCUUCGGUUUCGUUACGUUUGCCGACCCCGCAAGUGUCGAUAAAGUGUUAGCUCAGCCCCAUCACGAAUUGGACUCGAAGACGAUUGACCCAAAGGUUGCAUUUCCCCGAAGAGCACAGCCCAAGAUGGUCACACGAACAAAGAAAAUAUUUGUAGGCGGAUUAUCUGCAAAUACAGUAGUAGACGACGUGAAGCAAUACUUUGAACAGUUUGGCAAGAUAGAAGAUGCCAUGCUAAUGUUUGAUAAGACAACCAACAGGCAUAGAGGAUUCGGCUUUGUGACUUUCGAAAACGAAGAAGUUGUUGAAAAAGUCUGUGAAAUCCAUUUCCACGAGAUCAAUAACAAAAUGGUAGAAUGUAAGAAAGCACAACCGAAAGAGGUGAUGUUCCCACCGGGAACGCGAGGGAGAGCCCGAGGAUUACCCUACACCAUGGACGCGUUCAUGCUGGGAAUGGGAAUGCUGGGUUACCCGAACUUUGUUGCAACAUACGGUCGUGGCUACCCAGGAUUCGCGCCGAGCUACAGCUAUCAGUUCCCAGCUUUCCCCGCAGCAGCGUAUGGACCGGUGGCGGCAGCAGCAGCAGCAGCGAGAGGAUCAGGUAGGGGGGCCCGUGGAAGAGGCGGCUACUUGGCAUACCCUCAGAAUACAGGGGCAGGGUUCCCCGAUUAUGGUUUUUAUUCUUCACCCGGUGAUCAACGGGCUUCCGUGUCGUUUGCCGACUAUGGGUCAAUGGGACUGCGGGCAGCUCAGAUGCUUCGCAGUGAGCAUGCUCCUCAAGCGAGCAGUCCUUCCCUGCACCACCUUUCCAGUCCGGAUCAGUUUAAGAACCCAGGAUCCGCACCUGGAAUAAACAGCCACCUGCUAUCGUGGCCACAGCCACUGGUAAAAAUGACAGGUAAGCAAUUCCUGAAUAGCUACACUGCUCAACCGAAUUUUGGGGGACCUGCUUCCCCGGCAGGCACCAACCCAGCCAGGCCUGGUGGAUUCCCCGGGGCCAACAGCCCAGGUCCAGUGGCUGAUAUCUACGGUACAGCCAGCCAGGACUCCGGCGUCGGGAACUACAUGAGUGCCACCAGCCCUCAGCCAGGCUCUGGCUUUGGACACAGCAUUGGGGGACCGUUGAUUGCGACGGCUUUUACAAACGGAUACCAUUGAAAGCAAACAGGUGGUUGGUUGCCAUCUCACUUUUGAGAGUUUAGCAGGAGCUCCAGGCAAGGCUGGGCGAACGUACUGAUGGGGCCCAGAUUCAGGUGAUGUCAACAAAAAUGAGGGGACAAAAACACACACAAACGAGCACUACAUCAUCAUCAGCCAACAGCACAGGAGAUGGCAGUCUGUGGGCUGGACUUUUUUUAAUAAAAAAAAGAAAAGAAAAUUA